AUGGAUAAUUAAUAAAAAGAAGUUUGUGAUAAUCUUUAGAAUGAUAAAGACAAAAAAAAUUGCUAAUAAGAGGAAUAAAAUAAAGCAGAUAAAAAUAUGAGUGAUGAAACAGAAGAUUAAAUUAAAAAUAAUGUCAAACAAAGAUAUGGAGAAAUUUGUGAGUAAAAUAAUAAAAUAUAAUUAGUUCUAUUAGUUAAUCAGGAGGAUGUUGCAGUUAGACAGGUUGUGGAACAAUAGAUUAUGCUGUAUUUGCAGAAAAUUAUGAAAAAUAAUAAGGAUAUAUACCAGAAGCAGAUUUAGGUUUAGGAUGUGGAAUUCCAACUGAAUUUGCAGAAAUAAAGAAAGGAGAUAUUGUUCUUGAUUUAGGAUCAGGAGCUGGAAAUGAUUGUUUUAUUGCAAGAGCUUUAGUUGGAGAUACUGGAAAAGUUAUUGGAGUUGAUAUGACACCAAAUAUGAUUAGAAAAGCUUAAUUAAAUUCUGAUAAAUAUAAUUUUAGAAAUGUAGAAUUUAGAUAUGGAGAUAUAACAGAAUUACCUAUAUUAGAUAAUUUUAUUGAUGUUGUUAUUAGUAAUUGUGUUAUUAAUCUUGUACCUGAUAAAAAAAAAGUAUUCUAAGAAAUUAAAAGAGUUUUGAAAUCAAAUGGUCAUUUUUCUAUAAGUGAUGUUCUUGCUACUGGAGAUUUACCAUUAGCUAUUAGAGAAGCUUCAGAAUUGCAUAUUUGUGGUCUUUCAGGAGCUCUUAGAAAAGAUAUAUAUUUAAAAUAACUUGAAGAAAUUGGAUUUACAUAAAUUUAAAUUAAAAAAGAAAAAAUAAUUGAAAUUCCUGACGAUGUCAUUCUGUAACAUGUUUCUUAAGAAGUAUUUUAAGAAUUUAAGAAAAGUGGAACAAAAAUAUUAAGUGCAACCCUUAUUGCAAAAAAAUAAUGA